AUGGCAUCUCAGAAGCUCGCCCUUUUCUUCCUCCUCUUCCUCAUCUCAUGGGCUUCCACCACCCUAUCUCAGGGUGACCUAAUGAAGCCAUGUAUAAUAAAGUUGAUGCCGUGUGUCGACUUUCUACACUCCGACAAGCGUCCAUCGUCGGCUUGCUGUAUGGCGCUGAAGGAUGAGCUGGAGAACGACGUUGAGUGCCUUUGCGAGUUAUUUAAUGAUGACAAGGCUCUCAAGGCCUUCAAUAUUACGAAGUCGGAGGUGAUCCAGUUUCCAAAGCGCUGUGGUCUCCAGUCGGCAGAUGUCAACAAGUGCAAAAAAUCAGGUGAUGUACCAAUGCCACCAGUUGCUCCAAGUGCCCCAUCAACGCCUCCAAAAUCUCCCACAAAAGGUAGCCCUUGGUCUGUAACCGGAACUAAAAAAAUGAAAAUGAAGUUACCUAUUGGAACUUGA